AUGUCCAGUUCCCCAACAAUGCCAUGCCCGAUGAACAUGUCAAAGGAUGAUAUUGAGCUAAUACAACUCUUACAAUACGGUAAAGUACCGUACACUCGUGGUCUUCUGGAUAUGCAGAAAGAAAGGCAGAGAGAUUUUCUCACUCUGAAAAGAAAUUGCAAGAUGAUGUUCGUGUAUUAUUAUAACGAGAGAGACAUAGACAAUUCCGAGGGUUACCAAACCGGGUUCUUCAUCACAUGUGGAGGUAUUCUCCUUCUUCAUAUCAUCGUUAGUGUCGGCGUCGGAGUUUUCAUUUGUUGCCGUCGUAAGGGUAAGAGUGGUGGUGGCGGUCAACGUGCAAAAGGUGGAGAAGCUGGUGGCAAGAAGAACAAAAAAUGA